AUGAUCAUUCAUCAAACUCAAAUUUUGAGCGAACUUUCGGAAGGAAGUCAACGACCAGCGCUCCUUGUUUUGCUCCUUUCUUUGACUGCCGAGCGUCAACCAUUCAAGCUGCGUUACUCCGUCUUCUACGCUUUCCUUUCUUACCUACAUGAUAACGAAUUCGGAAAAACAAAAUUUGUAGAGACUCUUCUUCCGGCAGCUCAUGCACUCACUUUCAACUGGCAUCUGUUCAAUCUUGGUUUGGAGCCGUGUGACUUUUGCAUUGCCUUCUUGAUG